AUGGUUCACUUUGAUGGAUUUAGCCAAGAUUAUCUUGUGUUGUCACAAAAUGUGAUGCCAAUGUUCAAGACAAAGCAAUGGCUUAAUGGUUGUUCUAUAAAUACUUUUCUACAGAGGUUCAAAUUUCUUGAGGCCAAUUAUGUCCGAGGUCCUAUCUGUACUGUGCCCGCUGCGAAGGUGCGAGGUUUGGUGUUCAUUAGAGCAAGCAGUGAGCGAGAGACAUCAGCGAAAAGCUCGGGCUUAAGUAUCGAGGAGUGUGAAGCUAAUGCUGUUGCCGGAAACUUCCCUGACCCCCCACCAUUUUAUAGGCCCUCUGGUCCUAAAGGAACCCCAGAUGUCAAACCACUACCACUUACUAGGCGCCCACGAAGAAACCGCAAGUCUCCUGCAUUGAGGGCUUCGUUCCAGGAGACACAAAUCACACCUGCGAAUCUAGUCCUUCCGCUAUUUAUUCACGAAGGUGAAGAGGACACCCCAAUUGGAGCAAUGCCUGGAUGUUAUAGGCUGGGAUGGAGGCAUGGCCUUCUCGAUGAGGUCUAUAAAGCGAGAGAUGUUGGUGUCAAUAGUUUUGUACUUUUCCCAAAAAUUCCUGAUGCGCUAAAGUCCCCAACAGGGGAGGAAGCAUAUAGUGACAAUGGUCUAGUUCCUCGAGCAAUACACUUACUUAAGGAUAAAUUCCCUGGGAUUGUAAUCUACACUGAUGUUGCAUUGGAUCCUUAUUCCUCCGAUGGGCAUGAUGGUAUCGUGAGGGAAGAUGGAGUAAUCAUGAACGACGAAACAGUGCAUCAAUUGUGUAAACAGGCUGUUUCUCAGGCCCGGGCUGGUGCUGAUGUUGUCAGCCCCAGUGAUAUGAUGGAUGGCCGAGUCGGAGCAAUCAGAGCAGCUCUGGAUGCCGAAGGGUUUCAGGAUGUUUCUAUAAUGUCUUACACUGCAAAGUAUGCCAGUUCAUUUUAUGGCCCAUUUAGAGAAGCUUUGGAUUCAAAUCCACGGUUUGGAGAUAAGAAAACAUACCAGAUGAAUCCGGCGAAUUAUAGAGAAGCUCUUGUUGAGACUGAAGCAGAUGAGGCUGAAGGAGCUGAUAUUCUUCUGGUGAAACCAGCAAUGCCUUAUUUGGACGUUAUACGGCUUCUUCGAGAUAGUUCCUCUUUACCAAUUGCUGCGUAUCAGGUUUCUGGUGAGUACUCUAUGAUCAAAGCUGGUGGUGUUCUUAAAAUGAUCGACGAAGAGAAGGUCAUCAUGGAGUCGCUUCUAUGCAUCAAAAGGGCCGGUGCAGAUAUUAUCCUCUCUUACUUUGCUCGUCAAGCAGCUGGUAUCUUGUGUGGGAUGAAGUAGAAACACCUCAAAGCCUUGUAGUUUUUAUGAGAUAAUAAACGAUGGUUGUUCUCAUCCGUUAUCCGGUUAGAAUAUUUUGUAAAGUUUUGUAUUUUGAUUUAGUUUAGGUUAGUCUUGAUACUUGGCUGGGUUUUUCCAGUUAAUCCUUGAACCGUUGGAUCCUCAUCCUACGAGGGGUCGUGUUUUUUUUGUC